AAAUUUGGGUCAUCUUUUCGGCUGUUAUCUGGGUUUAAAAAUUGAAGUGAGGAAAAUAUUGCCAUAUUUGAUCAGAGUCUAGCUAUGGCAGGCUUGACUGGAUCACCAAAGUUCCUUCUAACCCUCUUGUCUCUGGUGUCGCUAUGGUUCCUGCAAGGACACGCAAGCGGCGGCAACAUGAAUGGUAAAUACCUGGUAGCAAGUGGGGGAAACCAGGGGGUACCAUUCAAUGAUGAUUACACAAGCAAAGGUCACGAAUAUUUCGAUGUAUACUCUCCAGAAAUUGCCACACAUUAUGGGGAGGUUUUCUGGACAGACCAAGGCAACAACCCUCUUCCAAAGGAAAUCAUCGACAGGUUUAAAGGAAAAGUCAUGGCAAUUACAGGCUACGAACAAGACCAGGUCAUGGUAUCGCCAGUAGGUCAACCUGGCGUCAACCCUGAUGCUGAUGUCUCCGUUCCGAUUAACUGGGCAUAUAACCACCACUAUAUGGCUUGGAUGACUGGAGAUCAUUCCGAAAUGGUCCGCAUACCUAACCCAGAUCCCAAUGACGUAAGUGCUCACGGUUCGCCAAUGAAAUGGAUGGCCGUAGACAAACCAUCAGUCGGAGAACGCAUUAAUAGAAACAUACCAACCAGUCAAAUGUUUAGCGAAGGUAAUGGUGGUGAGUCAAGGAAGAGUUUCCACGGAUAUCCAACCGGAUAUGCUCAGUUGAUUGACUCUCCAAAUACGUGGCACAUUACCCCAAUGCAGAUAGAUACAAGGAACCGUGACUGUGGUGUUACACCGAAAGAUAUUCAUAACUGUACUGAUCACACAGUACCGGGGCCUGAACCCAAACAAGCAAGAUAUGGACGUGGAAUGCCGAAAGGUGGAUCGCCCUACUCCGGAUUACUGGAAUGUCCAUGUAACAGUCGAUAUGGUGGGGAUCCGUUAAUAUAUGGCAAGGAUGCACAAACAAAGAUUGUAAGUCAUCAUUACACUUGUGUAUCGCAGGCAUCCUGUAAAACUGCAACAGUUGGGAGUGAUGUUGAGUGUUUCAGCUCUGUUGAAAUGCUAGGAAUUAAGGCAGAUAAGAAGGUGACGGUAUCUUCUCCUACAAAUGCAGUCCCACAUGGUUGCACAGUACAAUCCUCAUCGGACGGUACAUGGACAGUUACAUACAAUAGAUUUCCGAGCUCUGCCCAAUGUUCUACCUCAUCCGCCAGAUCUGGCACUCUGCAAUUUGACAUCGGAACAAAGGCCACCAUUGAUCUUAAUAGUACAACAGCAAUGAUCACUAUCUCCGGUCCAUCUAAUGUUUGGUUUGGAAUCGGAUUCAACGCAAGUCACAUGGCUGACUCUCCAUAUACAAUUAUCGUGAAUUCGACGGGAGUUUACGAACGCCAGAUUGGUACAUGCGGAAGUGAAGCUGAGCACUGCCCCGGUGAUCCGCUGGAAACUAGUGUUACAGUAGUAUCCAGCAAAGUUGCAGAUGGAAUAAGGACAGUUAUGUUGACACGACCCCUAAAAGGAAAAACAAUGAAAUACUACACGUUCGAUCCGUCAGCACAAUCCCAGAUAAACAUGAUCUCCGCUAUCGGAUCAACCCAAUUGUUUGCAUAUCACCAGAACAAAACGUCAGGGGUUUUGGCAUUGAUGGCUAAAGGGGAACCAAACUGCAUCUGUGAUUUGGGUAGUAUUGGCAAACUGUGCGAAACAAAUGGUACUUCAUGUGACACAUUUACAAAAAAUUGCGUACCACCUCCUGCUGGUGACCUACUUAGUCAAAGAAAUCCAACAUGCAACUCAAAGCAGUAUGCUGGUGGUCUACGAUGCUGCAAACACAAGCGCAUUAUGCUUGAUGCGGAUCAGCCAAUCAGGCCUGAACUUUUGAGAUAUCACAUGAAGUUUCGAUUUUGGUUUCAAGUAUAUGAAGCAAACGGUGAGCAAGUAUCCCAUUACGACCUCCCACGUAUCUACUACCAGACUGAGGCAUGGGCUGGGGAAUACGACAUUCCUCCUGCCUUUGCACUUCCAGGGAAGCCUAUUAUAGGUUAUCCUAACUGGCCAGAAAAGACUCCUUCUCCCGGAACCACAUGUACCGGAACUUGCCCAGACGGUGACGACUGUGAGUGUGUCCACACAAUCACGUUUAAAUGGACCGUCAGCAACAUCCGGCUAAUAUACGCUGGCGGACAUUGCCAUGCACCAGCUUGUAUCUCAAUGGAAUUGUACAGGAACGAUACCGGACACGAGAUGGAGUUACUUUGCCGACAGGUUCCUGUUUACGGAAAGGGUAAUGUUACACAUGACAAGUUUGAUGAAACAGGUUACAUCGCCCUCCCACCUUGUCUAUGGGGCAAUGAUAAGGGGCUCAAUCCUUCGGUUCUGUUGCCGCCAAACACUCCAAUGGUGUCGAUUAAACACAACAGGAAUACAAACAUGGGUCAUUUUGGUGAAAUGGCAUCGUGGCAAAUGAGAGGAACGUCUUUCUAAUUAAAGCCUCUUUGCAAACGUUUAUCAAAACAUACAAAAGAAACGGUGCGAAACUGCAAGUGCGUUUAAUACUGGAUGUUUCGUUUUUUCAUAUACUUUGAUAAUUGCAUGAUACUUUAAUAAAACUGAUGAUUGAUUCAGCCUUCAUACAAUGAAGAAGUACAUAUCAUUGCGUCGGCGGUUUCUGUGUUUUUAUAUUUAGCUUAAUUAGGUUUUGAAUAAUAUCUAAUGGUUUUCUGAGGCUAGAAAAAAAUCCCACUUUUGUGACGAAGUCGUAUGCGAGCUUUGAUUUUAUUUGAGGACAGCACUGACAUGUGAAACUAAAUUACAACCGUCAUAAAUUUUUAUGUAUCUAUAUUCCGAUACUGACUGAAAUGAAUACAGUGUAAAGACUUUAAAUUGUCUCGUAUCAUUGCAAUGAUUUGAUUUUUGUUAAUUGUUUAACAUGAUUUUAAUUAAACUGACGAAAUAUUUUAA